GAUGCUCAUUUGGUCUCAUCCCGUACUUCUUUACCCUUGCUUUCCGCGUGCUUUUCUGCUUCUCGCACGGCGUUUACGUUAUCUUAGGCGCCUGACGCUGCCACGUGAACCUGUCAAUCGAUCGAACUAACGAAACGGCGUCAGCUGAUAGCGGCAACAUCACCGGAAGAAUUCUCCGGAUGGCGGUAGCAAUUGGAGUGGCGGGGUUGGCGUACAAAACCCAGUUCUGUCCGACAAUGCUGUUCGCCCACAGGAACCGGCAGCUAUGCAAGAAACUCUACGUCUAUUGCCUGCAGUGGUGCUACUGAAAAAUAAUGUCCGUCUAUACCAUACAGCAAAGGAAACGUUGGUUAGUAACACAAUUAUUAAUAUGGUUAAGGGUAUCCAAUCGUUGGGAUGUGACGGUUUUUGAUACGAUUGUCGGGUUGGUCUAGUCAGCCAUGUGAUGAUUUCUGAAUGCUUGCAAUGCAAUGAAAAUACUACGUGCUAUCUGUCUGCCUGCGUGCAUUGACUGAAACAAUGACUAACAAAUUGAAUAGCAACUAUGAUGAGUGGUACUUGAAACGAAUAUGGAUAAGCUGUACUAUAAGUGAAAAAUCCUCUGAAUAUUCUAUCAGUUGAUCAGGAGCAGUGGUGGCGUGACGAUAUAGUAUUUGAAAAGUCUGUACUUCAAUGAUGCACUUGAACCGACUCACCGUUACCCUAAUGAAACUCCUAAGCAAAACACUGCCGUCUGAGAAGCAGACUGCGCAUUCGUAACAUGCUUCUGCAAAAUCUGCGUGCUAAUAUCUAAAUCAGUUCCAUUAAUUUGUUCGCAUUACGGCGUGGCAUCGCCAGUCAAUACUUCACAAGCGACGUAAUAGCCGGAUACGGUGUAGGCACAGUUUGUCAACUCAGAGUCACUCAUACUCGCUUUCAUCGAGGCCAAUGGACGCUAACGUUCAGUUUCGCGGCAUCCUUGUUUGCCUUACGUCUCUCUCGUACUUUCUGAUCCUUCCGAUUCGUCUGCGUACAUCUGUAUGUCGACUUCUGGAUAUGGCGGUGUCAGACCAGUAGGUCGCAGACAUCUCUCGCAGACCAUUCUGGAAUAGGUCACUAUUCUAGAUAGUACGCUGCGGUCAUGGCGUCCAUAAAUAACCAGCCAUCUCUGCUAUGCCAGUAUUGUGGCUGCGCUUCCAAUGUUUAUCAGCUGUUCGACCAUCCACAUGUGCAUAGCAGAAAAAACAUUACGCAAUCCUACCCAUAGGAUUUUGGCGGAACUAUGCGCUACCCCAAGGCUCAGUUCGACCCGGGUAAUUCCUCCCAUGUCGCUAUCUAGUGACCCCAGCAACCGAUUCAUCGACAGAUCAUGGUAGUAUGCGUCAUCUCACCACGGCUGCAGUAGUAGCAGCAGCAACCGGAGCUGAAACUGUAAAGGCCGUUAGUGACGAAUAGAAUUAUGCCACAACUUCUAAACGUCAUUGGCGCAUCUUCGUUUCGGAGGGAAGACCCGCUGUUUAGCUGCGAAACCGUGCCGCGACUUGCGUGAAACGCGCAAAUUUCACAAUGCCAUACAGUCAAUUUCAACGAAACGCAUGACACUAAGUAAUAAUAAUAACAGGAACGAUAACAACAACAGUAACUACAACAGUAACAACCACAAUAAUAACAACGACAGCGCUGGUGCGAAAAGAAUCAGUGGAAGAAACGAUCAAUGCAUAGUGUUGAAGUGGCGAGCACAGCUGCAGUAAAAGCAUCAUUAAUAGUGAGCGCCCGUUGUGUGUCAUGCCUUUGAUGUUUACGUCGACGCAAUGGCUUUCCUGGUUGCUGGCACUAUAGACGCUGUCGCCGUACUAGAGAGUUAGAUUGCUUGCGAUUCAACCGCUUGCCAGGGAGGGGAUGAAACGAUAACGCUGGGUAGCCGCAACACCGAACUGUUGCUAGAGUCAGAGCGUUGCUUGGCUGUGGUGUUUUGCGCGAAGCGACACCGACUAACAAAGCAUCGUUGAGCGCCAGGCGAUGACGCGUUGGAGCGCCAACGCCGAAAUAGCCACCCACGCUCUUUUGGUUCGAUUCGCUGUACUAAGGUAUCUCAGCAAACCCUGACUUUUCUGAAAAUGCUAAGCAGAAUUAAGGUAUCUUACGUAUACGUAGUCCUUGUAUGGAUCUGUGUUUACUCUCAUACCUCCGGUAAUUAUAGAACGUUGUUAUGUCAUUAACUAUUCUUUUGAGCGACCACAAAAGGUUCAGCUACAACAAGCACCACACAUAACAUUACGUGCUAUGAUGACAAAACUUCGUUAGUCACAGUUAAACACUGUUAUGAUUAUGGAGCCAUGCUGCUCUUAUACGAAGCACAGACAGUGAGCGAGGAACACAAGGCAAGCUCGUCCCUUCAACGAGUGAAGAUGAAUGACUGGCCAACUGAAGACGUCGUUGACAACAUUAGGUCAUUGUGAUUUCGCUUAUCACCUCAGCGUUGGGAUUCGCUCUAGCCUCACACCUUUACCAGGUCUUUCUUCAGCGACGCUCGACUUCUGGAGAACGUUGGCGCAUUCUUGGUGCAUUGUCAGUACCGUUAUUGCUCUAAGAGAGGGGAAACAUCCAUACCACAAAUUGCACGCAUCACACGACCAGUGCACAAGCAACAAGUUGGUGCUGACACAGCCUACAGGUGACUUAUGCGACCUACAGCUGACGACGAAUCGAGGCGGCCAUCUCUGGUCUGUGACGGAUCGAAACAAUUGCGAAAGAGUGAAGAGCUUAUACGGGGGUAAACGAGAGCCAAGGAAGUCACCAAUGGGUUAGAGUGUAGAACUCAGGGGACGUGCAGCAGUUUUUGCACGGAGGAGGGAUGAAAAUUCUGUAGCAGAUUCUGUAACGGCUGCAGCAGGAAUUUGGAGGUGCGGUUCAGGGGUGUUGGAUUGGACUCCUGUCGUGAUAUAUUUGGCUCGGAAUUCGGCUUAAGGGGCUUUUGAAACAAGAGAAAAAUUCGUCGGUGUGAUGAAGUGCCAAGGUGUAAUUUCGAAAUUGGAGUAAAGUUUAGAGCAGGAAUUACAACGGAAUACAGUGACUGUUUAUUUCUCUCAGCGGACCCGCUACUAAUUUCAAUUGUGCUAAAUGUAUAUUAUUGGUAUUGGGUUGUGUUUGAACGAGUCAAGCAAAGGACUAUGUGUAGUUCUUGCUUAAUAGAUUGUUGCUGCUAUGUCUUGCCGCAAGAUCGAGUCCUUAGGCGGAAAACCCGAAAAGGCGAGCCAGUUAGCUAUGACCCAAACUUCAAGGGUCCUGUAAUCCAAAGAAGUUGUACAGAUGUCUUUUUUCUACUGCUUUUUAUCGUAUUUCUAGCCGGCUGGGCCAUUCUUGCAGGACUUGCCUUUAAGCAAGGUAACAUUAACCGGGUAAUUUACCCUUCGGACAGCAAUGGAAAUAUCUGCGGAACAGGCAAAUAUGCCGACAGGCCAUAUCUCUUCUUUUUCGAUCUUUUCAAAUGUAAGCCAAAGUUUGAAGACGAUGAGUGGAUUCCAACGACACGUUGCCGGACGCCGCAGGUGUGUGUAAAAGAGUGUCCGUCGAAGACGUUUAGCGUUGCGCAGUACGAUCAGGACCCCCCAAAUGUCGCUGAAAUUAAGAAACACAUGGUUUGCGUUUACGGAACGGAUAUGUCGAAGGACCUCAAAUUUCUGACCAGCGGACCAAGUGCUCCGUGCGCUUACUACUACAUCUCGUCAGUGAGCGCCGCGGGACGCUGCUUUCCGAGCCCAACGUCCGUCGAGGACGAAUUCCAGUCGUACAACGGCGCUAACAUCACCAUAACAUCAUCGGAUGGCAAGGUCUUGUCUGGCAAUGAGCUGUUCAAGAAGGCGGAGCGAAAGAUGCAGCGUAUCCUCAACGCCCGAAGAUACUUUGAGCGGUUCUUGCAAGACCUCAGCAACUCGUGGAAGGUGAUUCUAAUCGGUCUCUUUAUUGCCAUGGUCCUCGCGCUCGUUUGGAUCGUAGCCAUUAGAUUAAUGGCAGGACUUAUGGUCUGGUUGGGCAUUUUAGGGAUUCUGUCGUUCCUUAUUAUAGCUACGGCAUUUUCGUGGUACAAGUACAUCUCGCUGAAAGGAGUUCCAGGAGCGGACGAAGGUAUCGGCUUCUCCCGCAAGAUCUCAUAUUAUACGGGAAAUCGAAAAACGUGGCUAAUUCUCGGCUGUUUAGCAUCGGUUGCUCUUUCCAUUCUAAUUUUGGUCAUAAUCUGCCUUCGCGAACGCGUGCAAAUCGCUACUGCCCUAAUUAAGGAGGCCGCUAAGGCUAUCGGCUACAUGCCAACAGCGUUAAUAUUCCCAGUAUUUCCCUACCUGUUGCAGCUCAUCGUCCUAUUGUUUACAGCGACGGUUGCGUUGCUGCUGAUGUCCAUAACUCCAUCGAGUGCCGGUGGUAUCGACGCGACUAUGUACAGCGAUACCUCGACGAAAUCGUACUAUGAACAAUGCAUUGAAGACCUUGGCGGGUACUCAAAAUUCAAUAAUAAAACGUGCACGAUCGGCAACAGCGCUCUCGGGUCUCAUGUCAGCUAUUCACACCUGUACAAUUUCUGUGGCUUUCUCUGGAUGUCGGCAUUCAUCGUGGCCUUCGGCGAAAUGACCCUCGCAGCUGCUGUUGCUAGCUACUACUGGACGCGUAACAAGAAGGACAUUCCCAAGCUGACGGUGUGCUCAGCUAUGUGGGCGACGACUCGAUACCAUAUGGGAACGCUAGCUUUUGGCUCUCUGAUUAUCGCAACUGUGUCGUUUAUUCGAACGAUUAUCGAGUACAUCGAACAGAAGCUGAAGCAAUACGAUAAUGAAGUAACGAAAGCGCUUCGUUGUUGUUGUCGCUGCUUCUGCUGGUGCCUAGAGAAUUUUCUGCGUUUCAUUAAUCGCAACGCUUAUAUCAUGACGGCAAUCUAUGGCGAGAACUUCUGCGCGUCAGCUAGAAGGUCCUUCCUUUUGUUAAUGCGCAACGUCGUCCGCGUCGUCGUUGUGGACAAGGUAACCGACUUCCUCCUUUUGGCUUCGAAACUUGUCGUCGUUGGCAUCACUUCCGGUCUAGCCUAUUACGUGUUUUCGGGCAGCUGUGAGAAGUUGAAUAGAUACAUCCCCGAACUCAACUACCCCUUAUUCCCCGUGUUCUUGAUUGCUUUUGGCGCCUAUCUGAUUACGACAUGCUUUUUCGAUGUGUACAACAUGGCCGUCGAUACCCUAUUUCUCUGUUUCCUAGAGGACUGCGAGCGACAUGACGGAUCGAGAGAAAAACCUUACUUCAUGUCGAAAAAGCUGAUGCUGAUUCUCAAGAAAAAGAAUAACGGUACCUUAGUCGAUUCGUCCUCACAAGCGAAAGGAAAAAGUUCGAAAACUAACAACUGAACGCGAGAAGAUAGGACUGGCGACCUGAACAAGCAUGGCGGUAGACGCAUGGAUGCCUUGUACCGCCUAUAAAACAGGAUUUUUAAAAGACGUGGUUAUUUUACGAAAAUCCCUAAUAUUCCAGGUAACUCCGCUGUUUUAAACGCAUUAACUCACUGGCCGGGUCACACAGACACGAAUAUUAAGCUAAAACAGGCCGUAGUAGAUAGAUUCCGUUUUCUUACCAAAUCCAGUCCAAAUGGAGAGAAAUGCGCAGGGCGCGCGCUACAUUUCUGACUGCAUCGUUUCUAUAUAUAACGCAAACGAUGAUGUAUAAUGAUAUGUAAAGUGUUACGUCCAGUAGAAAUUGAAUUACGACUAAAUAGUGUUACGGCUAUGCUGAUAAUCACUUGGGCAUUCAAAGAAUAAUUACAAGUAUCUAAAUGACGUAGAUGGGAACGAGCAAAGGGCAAAAAGACCAACGAAUGCAAUAUAGGGUCUUUGAAACAAGGGGACCUAAUCCGUACACGGUGGACAUGACGUUAGCGCUCGCCGGUGAAUUUCUUCAGGACUGACCGAAAAGUUGCGGGAGUGUGUAAACACUGUCGAGCUAAAAGCGAUCGUCAGUGGCCGAUGAAUGAAGGUUAACAACUUUCAACAAGCAACAACUAAAUCAGUUGUAUUCGCUACUGCUAACCACAGGGAUGACACAACGAUGUAUAGCGAUGAUAUAUGUUUCGGGAUUGUUUCGGUCACUACAGGCGAACGGCUACACGCACAGGACCAGCACACAAAAUCACGACUGCAGCGUAAGUUCAAAUCCUUGACGUGCAAUUCCUAGCUAUAUGCCAAAAUCCUGAACAAAAUCUAAACAGUCUUCUUUUAUUGACUGCAACAGCAGCCCAUUUUGUGCAGUUAUGUAUCUAGAGACGAGUAUUUGUAUUAGUCUUUUAAAAAAAAAAGAACGAUAAAAGGUCGUUAAUUCAAGUGCUGGAGGGCCCAUCGAGCAAGUAAGCUAGCUAUACAAUAAAGUUCAACCCAGAUUUGAACGCCUCGCGACGAAGAAAUUCUUGCCACGAACAGAUCUUCCUUUUUAUGAUGACCGCCAUUCGUUCAUUAAAGGACCGACACGCAACACUAACUCGUGUACACACACAGCCGUAAAAACGUCUUUCAACUACAUAACUAUAUAAUAGGUGACAAGAGGCUUGAAAGCUAUUAAUAACGGUGAAUCUCAUUACUGAUUUUAUGUAAUCUAUUUAUUUUUGUAUGUUCACUAUUUUUCUUCUUUAUCUUAUUGUCGUAUUUACAUGACUCCAUUUGUCUCUUCGAUAAAAGUAGAUUUUAGCAUUAUUUUCCUCUAUUUUUUUUUCUAGUUUUGCGCGUCUCAGCAUCUUUGUCAGAGUACUAUUUCCAUGUCUGAGUGCUCCAUAAACUGAGCUCGUUGAUUAUGCAUUUUCAGAUACAUCACACUCUUAGUAAACCUCUCACUUGACACUGAGAUUUAAUCGGUUAAGGCGUGACACCUGAAAUAGGUACCGAUGCCAUAGCUGUCUAUAUCAUUUAAUGAAGUGCUCAAAAUAAUUUAAUUUGGCACUCGUUCGCUGAUGGAAUAGGGCGAAACGUUGACGAAUAGAAUUCGACUACUAUUUAAACAUUCACAGUUAUAUAUUUUUUAUAACCAAGAGACUGAAAUAUAGUGUAAUACUGCAAGCUCUUAAGAAAAGGCACAAUUUCGAAAUAUAAAAUUGCUCUAAAGUGUCAUGUAUAUGUACGUACAAAUAUAUACAUUUGUCCAGGGAAGGUGAUCAUACCGAUAUAAUGUCUAGUAGCAGAAACCCCCUGAAAGCAAACAUCCUGUCAAAAAGAUCAAAAGAAAUAUGGUAUAUUUUUUAUGGAAUCAAUGUUGAUGACAAUGAUGGAUGGAAUCGCCCCAAUUAGCUUACCCGAUUGGUAAACUAUUGUUGUGCGGUUACGAAAGAACUUUAUAUA